UUUCCAGGAAAGGUGUGACCCUCUUGGACAGGAAGGAGGUGAAAUCCUGCUGUGGUCCUUCUGACAGUCCUUGCCAUCAUCUCUGCUUAGGGCUACUGUUAAUUGCGCCGCCAGCGCCGCCCGGAACAGGGCCCCUUGGCGCCCCCACCUGGGAGUGGAUGGCAACGCCUCGCUCCGCUGCCGAUACUUAAUUUUCCGGCAGUUCCUGUUCUGGCGUUUGCAUCCGGUCACGUGCGUUGCUGCGCCUGCGCCGUCCACCUGGGUGGGUAGGGUUGCUGCGGCUCAGCCCAGACUCCAUUUCCCGGUGUCCGCCGCGGUGGCGUGGGGUGUAACGGGUAUUGUAGUUCGGCUGCUCUUCUGGCUGGUCCAGCUACAACGACUCGCAGGAUGUCGGAGGUGCGGCUGCCACCGCUACGCGCCCUGGAUGACUUCGUUCUGGGGUCGGCGCGUCUGGCGGCCCCGGAUCCAUGCGACCCGCAGCGAUGGUGCCACCGUGUCAUCAACAACCUCCUCUACUACCAAACCAACUACCUUGUCUGCUUCGGCUUCGGUCUUGCUCUGGCUGGGUACGUGCGCCCGCUGCACACCCUCCUAAGCGCACUGGUAGUGGCGGUGGCCCUCGGGGUGCUGGUGUGGGCGGCUGAGAGCCGCGCUGCUAUGCGCCGCUGCCGCCGCAGUCACCCCGCAGCCUGCCUGGCCGCAGUGCUUGCCGUUGGCCUCCUGGUUCUCUGGGCGGUAGGCGGCGCUUGCACCUUCCUGUUCAGCAUUGCUGGGCCCGUGCUUCUGAUCCUGGUGCACGCCUCACUGCGCCUGCGCAACCUAAAGAACAAGCUGGAGAAUAAGAUAGAAAGCAUCGGUCUCAAGCGGACGCCAAUGGGGUUGCUACUGGAGGCGCUGGGACAAGAGCAGGAGGCUGGAUCCUAGGGCCUUGGUAUCUGUACCUAUGACCUGGAGAAUGCCUCCCCCAACCCCGACCCAUAACUGGGAUUCAGAGCCUUUCCCAGCCCUUAAAAUAGCAGCCCCUUGCCCAGUUCAAAAAGCAGGGCAUCUGUAACACUUCCCUGCCCCUGCCCCUGCCCCUAAAUCCAAAACUGGGAUAUCCCUUAUACCUAGUCCCCGUAACCUAAGGGACCAGAGUCUUCCCUAGCCCUGAACUUGGGACAAAGAGCCACCCACAUCCAUCUCAAAACAGGCUUGGAGACCUGAGUAUCCAUGGCCAACCUCAAACUCUGGAUGGAGACACUCCCCCCAAGCCUAAUCUGGAACCCACCUGUCUCCCAUGCUCAGCCCCAAAGCUGGGGUGUGGGACCAAAGCAUUCUCAAAUCUUGAACCUUGGACCAAGGCUUUUCCAGACCACACCCUAGCUUUGAACCCAGAACAAGGCAUUGCCAAAUCUUGGCCUCAGGACCCAAGUGUUCUCAUUCCCCUUCUGGGUGCAAGUCAGUUAUCCUGAUACUGUCGAACCCUUGGUCCCAAGUAACCCCAACACUCACCAGUUCCAUUCGCCUCCCUCCUGCUCUGCUUAGGGAUUCUGCCCCCCCCACCAAGUUUCACAGUGGUGAGGACCACGGGGUGGGGUAAGGGUAGCCCUGACUUGGAAUGAGGCAUAUAUAUCAGUGUUGUUGCAACAAUAAAGGCUGUUACAUCGCUC